AUGAUUGCCUUGCCCAAGACGAAUUGUAUAUUGUCGAACAUUCUUCUAGCUUGUUCAAUUGUUUUGUUUGCUGCUGGAUUUUUCCCUCACAAGGCUUUUCUUCCAGGCCUUGCAACAUGGCCAACAGACCGGAACGGAUCUGUUCAUAGAGCGCCAUUCGACAAGGUCAUUUUCAUGGUGGUGGAUGCUUUGCGAAGCGACUUCGUGUACUCAUCUGAUUCGCAAUUUCUCUUCACGCAGAGUCUGAUCCGAUCUGGUGCUGCUGUGCCAUUUGACGGACAUGCAAGCCCGCCAACCAUUACAAUGCCGAGGAUUAAAGCAAUCACGACUGGGUCGGUGCCGUCGUUCCUCGAUGUCGUGCUCAACUUUGCCGAGUCCGAUACAACAUCAACAUUGGGUCAUCAAGAUAGUUGGUUGGCACAGAUUAAAGCGAAGCCAGGGACAAAGCUUGUCAUGUACGGUGAUGAUACCUGGCUCAAGCUCUUUCCAGGCUUUUUCGAUCGUGCUGAUGGCACUACGAGCUUCUUCGUAUCUGACUUCACCGAGGUCGACCAAAAUGUGACUCGACACGUGCCAGUCGAGCUGGCUCGGACUGAUUGGUCCGUCAUGGUCUUACAUUACCUAGGACUGGAUCACAUCGGCCAUAAGUCAGGCCCACGAAGCAUCAAUAUGGCACCGAAGCAGAGAGAGAUGGAUAGGAUCGUGGAAGGUAUCUAUCAUGCAAUGGAGAUGAGCGCUCAUCUGAAAUCGAGUCUGCUAAUCUUAUGUGGAGAUCACGGAAUGAACGAGGCUGGCAAUCAUGGUGGCUCAUCUUCUGGUGAGGUUAACACUGCUCUCACUUUCAUUUCUCCCAAGUUCCAGGCUGUGUACGAAGGCUCUGACAGCCCUCGUGCUUCCACUUCUGAGUACUCAUUCUACGACAAAGUUGAACAAUCCGACAUAGCACCCACUCUAGCAAGCCUGCUUGGCUUUCCUAUCCCCCUGAACAACCUUGGCAUUGUGAUUCCGACGCUUCUAGAGUUAUGGCCUCAGGAAUCAGAUAAGCUGGAUUUGUUGGUUGCAAAUGCACAGCAGAUUGCUGAGAUUGCCCAUGCCACAUAUCCCGAAGCAUUCAAGAAAUUCUCCUCUAGCCAAGCUUGUGCGUCGGCAAAUUCCGAUGCUGAAAUUCUGUCUUGUGCAUGGCUCGAGACACGACAUGCAGUCCAAGCAGUUAAACGGAGCGAACUGUCUACUCCCCAAGCCAUGUCCUUGACUUUGAGGUUCCUGAAAAGUGCACAAGAUCUUCUUAGUGGAACAGCAAGCAACUAUGACCUCUUCAAGAUGGCUGCUGGCAUAGGUUCCGGAGCUGUAUCUUUGAUCCUGGCAAUUAUGUCAAUACCAGAUGGUACAUUUGACACGCUGGUCUCAGGUUCAGCUUUCGCUUUGAUAGUACUUUGUCACUCAGUGACCAUGUUUGCCAGCAGUUAUGUUGAGGAGGAACACCAGUUCUGGUAUUGGGUCUUGGGGGGAUGGUUGAUGUACAUUUCAUUCAAGGACCAGCGGCUGAUAUCUUUCUAUUCCCUUCCGCCCAUUCGAGGAUUACUCAUGUCAACCGUUACUUUCUUAUUCGGAAUCGUCCGCCAUUUCAACAGCACGGGGCAGAAGUAUGCUGCGUUGCCAUCCAUCUCCUCUGCAGUCUUCCCAGCUGAAACCUGGCUCUUGUGGACCUCAACCAUCGCCACAUAUGCUCUUAUCUCACGAUGCUUGACCCGUCGCGCUUCAACUUGGGCCGAGGCUGGGUCGAGGCAGCUCAGUCUUCUACCAGUACCGGUCUGCAUUGCUGCUUUCAUGUUCAAGGUCGCCUUUACUCAUGCAGACUCACCUGAAUUGCUCAAGAACUUCCAGCUGUUAAGCCCUCUUAUUGCAAUGACAUCACGAUAUUCCUUGGUCGGGCAAGCGCGCAUCGUGUUUCUAGGUAUUGCCCAUAUGCUUGCUUGCGCUUUGUACUACGAAGCACCCUGGAAGAAACAGAAGACUCGCGAGUAUCCAGGCGACUCCUUCAUCCAUACCUUCCAUAAUCUCCUCGGCUUGUUUCUGUUGACUCAGACACGUGUGAACAAUAUACCUGUUUUCCUGCUGUUCUCGAUUCAGCUUUCGUUGCUGUCCACUGAACCACACCUAUUCAACAGCCUCGCAGAGAUAAGCUUGACAUCACUCCUGUUUCAGCAAUCAUCCUUCUUUGCGCUUGGCGGCACCAAUGCCAUCUCCAGCGUCGAUCUGUCAAAUGCAUAUAACGGUGUCAGCGGUUACAAUGUCCUUCUUGUUGGAGUUCUGACAUUUAUAAGCAAUUGGGCUGGCCCGAUCUGGUGGGUAAGCGGCACGGCCCUGUUGAUUCGGGAGAAAGAACAGGCAGAUGGGAACUCACGAGAUGUCAACAAUUCUAGUACUUCAGCAUUGGCACCUGUCGAGCAAGGACCCAAAGGAGGCGAAGUCGGUGGCAUGCAAGGGUCACAUGGCCAGAAUCUACAGAGUGCCUCCUUUACACAUUUCGCCCUUCUGACGCUGUUCACCUGUGCGAGUACGUUGAGUGUAAUGCUUGCCUGUACACUGUUGCGAGAGCAUCUAUUCAUCUGGACCGUCUUUUCUCCCAAGUACCUCUAUAUUGCCGCAUGGGCAUUUGGUCAUCACUCCAUCAUCAACGGACUUUUCGGUUGGGGUCUACUAAGUAGACUCUCAGAAAGAUAA